GGGAGGGCAAGGAACAAGCAUUUGCCUUUUUUGUCAGCUGAGUCUGGACUGUGGAAGACUAUUACACGAGGUUGUUGUAUUGUGUUUGUGUGCUUGGAGGGGGCACUGUAAAAAAAAAACAAACCUGGAAUGGUAUGAAGGAGCAGGACAUUGUUUGAAGGAUAAUUCAAGGGCACAAUCAUGGAGGAAAUGGACUUUGAGCGGCGCCGGGAGCUGAGAAGGCAGAAGCGGGAGGAGAUGCGCCUGGAGGCUGAAAGGAUGGCAAGAAAUGACGAUGACGAAGAAGAGGCGGCCCGCGAGAGGAGGCGCAGGGCGCGCCAGGAGAGGAUGAGGACCAGGGAGAGCGAGGAGCCCAGUGGACAGCCAGACAGUCUGGUCGUGACUAACAGCCACAGCGUGACAGAGACAGUGUCUGUGACUAGCACUUACGGAGGCGGUGGAGACGACGAGGACCAAGCCCUCCUGGACCGCAUGGCCAAACGCGAGGAGAGACGGCAGAGGCGCAUGCAAGAGGCGCUGGAGAGACAGAAGCAGCUGGACCCGACUGUGACAGAGGACAUCAGCAGUGUCAGCAUGGAGAAAAACAACCAGGAGGAGGAGAGGCCAUCCUGGCGCAGGGGGCGCUUCCGCGAUAAUGAAGACGAAGAAGAAGAAGACAAGACAUCCACAUACAGCUCUAGGAGGGAGGAGAUGCAGCGAGAGGAGCAGAGAGAGGAAGAGGUGGCUGCUCCUGAGGCUGAAGAGGAAGUGGAGGAGUGUGAAGAUGAAGUGCAGGAAGUGGAAGUGGUAGAGGACGAACUUAGAAGGUCUUACAUGAGGGAACAGGUGUCCACAGAAGAACCCACAACCCAUAACACGGAGCUUGUUGAAGAAAAAAUGCCGUCUGUAGUCAGUGAGUGUUCAAAUCAGACCACGCCAGGAAAGUCUGAGGCUGAGGAGGAUGCAGUAGGAUCAGGCAUGGCUGAAGAGGUGGACGAGGACAGGGAGGAGCAGAGGAAGCAGAACGGAGGACUGCAUGAUGAAGAGGCUCCCAAACAACACAGGAAACCUGAGAGGACUCUCAGUCGGGGAAGUGUGCACUCCCCCGAGGUGUCUGUGGCCGACGACCAGGACGACGACGCCCGCCUGGAAGCAGAGCGCAAGCUGGAGGAGCUGAAGCGCCGCCGCGACGAUGCCGAGAGUGAGGAGUUUGAGAGGAUGAGACUGAAGCAGCACGAGGCCGAGGCUGAGCUGGAGGAGCUGAAGAAGAAGAGGGAGGAGAGGAGGAAGGUACUGGAGGAGGAGGAGAGGCAGAAGAAGCUGGAGGAGGAGGAGAGGAAAGCCAAAGAGGAGGAGGAGAAGAGGAAGAUGAAGGAGGAGAUUGAAAGGAGGAGAGCAGAGGCUGCCGAGAAGAGACAGAAGGUGGAGGACACUAUGGAUGGAGAUGAGAAACCCUUCAAGUGUGUCAGCCCCCGCGGCUCCUCUCUUAAGAUUGGAGAGAGAGCAGAGUUCCUGAACAAGUCGGCGCAGAAAAGCGCAGCGAAGGCGUCUUUCUCUCCUGUGGUGUCCAAGAUAGACAACAGGCUGGAGCAGUACACCUCCGCUGCUCAGAGAGAGAACAAGGAGUCUCGAUCCCCUCGCUCUGGAGCAGUGGAUCUGCCCAUGGCCACCGACAGCAUACGGAACAUCAAGAGCAUGUGGGAGAAAGGCAACGUGUUCGGCUCGCCUGGAGGUGGCGGGAACACAUUCAAGGAAGCAGCUGUGAUGAAGACGGGCGUGGCAGGCCGCAUCAAUGACUGGCUGAAUAAAACCCCAGAGAGCGGCAAAACGCCAGGCGGAAGGCCAGCGGACCUUAAACCUGUCGACGUCACCAACAAGAGGAGUCUAUGGGAAAACAAAGGAGCUUCUCCAACCAAGGUGGCAGGCAGAGGGGAGACCAAAUCAGUCGCCAACGGGAUGGGACACUAAUGUCUUGAAGAAGCCACUUAAGCUGGGGACCACGACAAUCCAAGACACUUCCUUUGACUUUGUCUUAAGAACCAAAUAUAUCGACCACACUCUCAAGAGGGACCCCAAGAAAACAGAAGGACAGGAGAGACGCUGUCUGAGCACUGUACUGAAACAAGAUCAUAUUUUCUUUUUGUACGGUUGCCACGUAUAGUGCCUUUGCACAAUGAUAUUUUUUUUGCUUUCUAAAAGAAACAAAAUGCUGUGAAAUUUGGACAUUGUAAUAACUGUUACUAAUUACUUUAUACAAUCCUGCCAGGAAGAAGGAAAACUAAUUAAAUUUAGAUUUAUCAGUUGUACUCCAUGCCAACAGUUUUGGUAGAAACAGCGUGGAUGAGUAAAAAAAAAAAAGAAAAAAGUUUCCACAUUCCAAAGAGAUGGGUGAAAUCAGUUCUCUCCCCCUCAUACAGAUCAUUUUCCAUCUCUUGUCUCUCUUUUUUUUUAAUUUAUAUUUAAAGCAAAAGCUUCACACAUUGCUAUUUUAUUCAUCGUUCACCAGUUCAGGAUAGAAAUAUUAGCACUUAUAGAAUUUAGCUGAUUUCACGUUUUAUUUUGUCCUACCAAUAGUGCAGCAAUGGUCUGAGUAAUAUAUGUUAGCACACGUGAUGUUUUGAAUAUGACCUAUCAUACUGUAUCGUAUAUAACAUCUCUAUACUCAAAACAAAAGGUAUUUUUGCUUCUUCUUUUUUGUUUUUAUAUCCACAAACUAUUCACCAACUGGCAUUUCAUUCCAGAUGUGAACCAGCGUGUUGAAUAUCCAGAAGGCCAUUGUGACUUUAUUAUCCUUUAUGUCAUUUUAUUUAUGUUUUUAAUAUGUUUUUCUAUUCCAAGCUGGGUUUUUUUUUGUAGCUUUUGUACCUGUUUGAUCACUUUAAAAUCUUCAGACAUUCCUCUUUUGAAAAGCAGGUGCACUCGGUGCCUUCACUGCUUCAGUUGUAGGUUUUUUAAUGUGGGAAAUCAGCAAACCACCUUUUUUUGUUUUUUAUAUCCAGUUUUUCCUCUUUCCGCCUCUAUGCACACUCUAAUGCUCGGCAAAUAGUUUCUAAUAAAGGGCAUGCAAAGUAAAAUCGGGUUGCCUUAAGCAAAUAUAGCAAGAUACUAGUACAGUUCAAGGAUAUUUACCACUAUGUAACGUCUGGCCUUAUGAUUGCACCGUUUAUGACAGCUGAGGUAAAAACUAUAUAAAAGCCUCAAAGCAAAAGUAUGAUAUAAAGUCUGAUUUAUUUCUUCUUCUUUUCUCCACUUACAUGGUCUUAAGUAGCACAUUCCCCCUUUUUCGCUUGUUUUAUGCGCGGCACAAGCUUUGACAAGCAUGUGAAUGGUUUGCUGGGGCAUUAAAUUGAUCCAUGUCACUGCUCAAAAGUCUGACAAUCACAUUCCAUGGCUCCUGAAAAGAGCAGGGGAGCUCGACCAAAAUAUGAUACACCGUGAUGUAAUGUGACAUUUAUGAUGUUUUUAAUACAAUGGUUUCAUAAUGCCUUGUUUUUUUUUUUUACUCUUUUUAUUUUACAUGUUUAACCAGACACUUGUUGUUUGUGUAGUGCUAAGCCUAUACAAAAACACACUCUGUAUUCUCUCUGAACACUCCCAAUGUCAUACAAGUGGGCAGUUUCCAACUGGAUGGAUGUUUUAAACAUUGUACCUUUUUACAACAACAGCAAUAAAGACAUUGAGGUAUUCCA